AUGCUACUUGCCUAUGCCAUCGAUAUUAUAGGUUCGCCACAGGAAGAAGCAAUCACAACCUUUGAAAGUAUCGAAAGAGAACCAACGAAACUGCCAGCUUUGCGGGUUCGACCGCUGUCGUGUCAGUAUUGUGGCUGUGGUAUGGGAUAUUAUCCAUAUCCCUACUAUGGCGGUGGUGGCGGAGGAGGAUGUGGUGGGUACCCUAUGCCCUGCUACUAUCAACCCUACCCUGUGUACAAUAACCCAUGCUACACAAGCGUCUGUUGUGGAUGUGGUGGCGGAGCUGGCUAUGGAAUAGGUGGUGGGAUGGGCGGUGUCAUGGGUAGUGGCCCGGAUGGCGGUAUGGGAGGUGGUGUAGGUGGCUAUCCGUACUACACUAGUGGAUAUCGUUACUACGGAAACACCUUGAGUGGUACAUUGUAUGCUGCUUCCAAUGUCCUGAAUUAUGCAACUUCUACCGCCUCCACUGCUGGAGGAUACUUCGGUUAA